ACUGCUCACGUGAUUUGGGAGGAUUCAAAAUGGCGACUGACAGCUCUGGCUGGCAGUUCGACAAAUUUGAAGACGGUUCUCUAAAGAUUGUUGGAGAGCUGCAGUUAAAGAAGUAUGGGGAGUUUAUGAAAGAAUAUGGUGCCCAGUUGAAGGACAUUGAAGAUGCACUGGGAGAAUCUGUCAAUGAUUCGUGGGACAUGACACUUGAUCCCAUAUCCCUUGAGUUCCUACCCUAUGAGCAGACCACAUUGCUGCAACUGAUCAAAACUGACAACAAGGUCUUGAAUAAGAUCAUGACAGUGCUGGCGGCCCUAUGUUGUGAGAUGUGCGCCCUGAAGCAUGAGGCUGAGACAAAGUUCUACAACGCCUUGAUGUUCUAUGGGGAGGGGGAGCCGGAGGAAGGGCUGCAGGAGGGAGAUGCACAGAUCCAGAUUGGAAGAAUGAUACCUUUUUUACAGGAACUUUCAUGCUACGUGUCCAGAUGCAAUGAAGUUGUGAAAAAUGUAGUCCAACAAAUGUCAAGCCUGCACAGUACAGCCAGAGCUGGACAGAAACUGAUUGAUGUAUCUGAUGUUCAUUUUCAAGCAGUGUUUGAACACCUUGGUGACUUGCUGGGUGUGCUGAUAACUUUAGAUGAGCUGAUAGCAUCUCAUACCACCCUGCUGGACCACUGGACCCUCUACAAACGCAUGCUGAAGUCAGUGAGGCAUGAUCCUACCAAGUUUGGUACAACAGAGGACAAGUUACGGCCCUUUGAGAAACUGAUGAUGUCCCUUGAAGGACAGCUAUUGGAGAAGAUGAUUUUUCAGAAUUGUGUAGAACAGCCUUUUGACAGCCAGCAGGUGUUUGUGAGCAAGAACACUGUGUUUAUGGACGAGUUUGGAGUGAACAUUCGCAACUACCUAGAGCAACUUGAGGCUAGAAUAGGAGAGUCCAACGAGGUUGAUCAGAGGUUCAAGUUUGUGGGGCUGUGUGGGCUGUACAUAUUGCAUUUCCAGCUGUUUAGAGUCACGGACAAGAAAGUGUUCAAGUCACUCUGGGACAUCUAUAAAAAGCUGCCAUCGGUGCACCUGCUGGGAAGUGUAGUCUGGUUCCCCAAUGAGUUUCUACUGGACAAACUUCCCCACAUGGCCAAGGCCCUUGACCGCAAGGCAGAGGAGCUGGUGAAACAAGCUCAAACCUCUUACCUGCAGCAGAAGGACCAGAUGUUGUCAAGGGAUGUGCAGGCCUAUCAUGCAACUGUCACAGCUUGGAUGGUGGAAAUGGAGACAAACGUUCCAAGGGGCAAAACUCUUAUGGAAGACCUCCAGAGCAGAUCUAGCCUCUUCAUUCAGGGCCUGCUGUAUGGACAGCAGAUUCAGCACCUUGUGAGGUCAGUGAUGAACCUCCAUGUGUCCCUACAGAAGCCUAUGACCAAGACAGCUGUACUGGCUCUGUGUAAGAUGGUGGAGCUACUCAAGGCUGUAGAGCUGACAUUCCACAGAAAGACCCUGCUCAUAUCUGACUAUGUACAUAAAAUCCUGCAGAGGAUCAGCUUUGAGAUAAUAAAUGCCAUUCAGAAUGCAAAGAAACGCAUUGUUACUGACAAGAAGUACAGUGAACGUAAACUGGAUGUGUUGUCUGCCCUUGUUUUAGCAGAGACAGCUCUCUCUGGACCAGUGACCAAGGAGCGACGUCUGAUUGCCCGGCUGGCCUUUGCUAUCGGGACCUGUGCAAAAGUGAGGACUUUCAAGGAAGACGAGCUGGCAAAUCUUGAGGAGAACAUGAGAAAACUGGACAUCAUAGCCGACCUCAGAGAAAAGGUGCGGUCUGCCUGUGACUGCAGUUUUGUGUACUGGCACAGAGUGGUGAUCCCAAUCUACCUGGCAGACAUGUUUGAGACGGUCACAGACACACACAGGUUACAUUACAUGGUUGGAGCGUUACGUGACUGUGUUCCACCCAUGAUGUAUGUGCGCCACUUACAGUCCUCUCAACAGAUGUUGGACAGCCUCGACGAUGAAGUCUAUAAACAUGUCAAGGAGCAACUGCUGGCUCCGUUGUGCCAGGCCAUCGAGACAGACCUGCGACUGCACAUCCACCUUCACCUGCAGCUGGAUGACAGAAACCCCUUCAAGGUCGGCCUCAAGGACCUCUCUCAGCUCCUUAAACUGAGGCCCGUCAGGCUGUUUGACCGAUAUGUCAAUGUCAAGGCAUAUGUAGAGCACUAUUUGAACACCACGUUCUACAACCUGACAACUGUUGCCCUUCAUGACUGGAAGACCUACGGAGAGAUGAAGAACAUGGCUGAGCAAAAGUAUGGGCUCACAUUGGUGGACACACACCUCCCUAGUCAGACACUCGAACAGGGUUUAGAUGUGUUGGAGAUCAUGCGAAAUAUCCACGUUUUUGUUUCCAAGUACUUCUAUAACCUCAACAACCAGAUAUUUGUGGAAAGGUCUAGCAACAACAAGCACCUGAACACUAUCAACAUUCGCCACAUUGCCAACUCCAUUCGUACCCAUGGUACUGGCAUCAUGAAUACUACGGUUAACUUCACAUACCAGUUUUUACGGAAGAAAUUUUUCAUUUUCUCCCAGUUUAUGUAUGAUGAACACAUCAAGUCCAAGCUUAUCAAGGAUUGGAAAUUUUUCAAAGAAAAUCAUAUGCAAACAGAUCAAAAGUACCCGUAUGACAGAGCGGAAAAGUUCAACAAAGGGAUCAGAAAGUUGGGGCUCACCCCUGAUGGAGAGAGCUACCUGGAUCAGUUCAGGACCCUUAUCACUCAGAUAGGCAAUGCCAUGGGCUACAUCAGGAUGAUCCGGUCCGGUGGUCUGCACUGCUGCAGUAACGCUAUCCGGUUCAUACCUGAUCUGGAGGACAUUGAGUGCUUUGAGAAACUCUGCAAGGAGGAGAACCUCUCCAUGGAAUGCCAAGUGGCCGCAAGAAAUCUGGACAAUGUGAUAGGAAAUUUGGCAAAGAAUUUUGCAGAAGGAACAGAAUAUUUCAAGAUGCUGGUUGAUGUGUUCUCACCUGAGUUCCGGAACCCCAAGAACAUGCAUCUACGCAACUUCUUUGUCAUCUUGCCACCUCUGACUGUGAACUAUAUCGAGCACUCAAUUAGCUGUAAGGAGAAGAUGAACAGGAAGAACAAGGUUGGGGCUGCAUUCACUGAUGAUGGAUUUGCAAUGGGGCUAGCCUACAUCCUGAAGUUGCUGGACCAGUAUCAUGACUUUGACUCUCUGCACUGGUUCCAGGCUGUUAGAGAACACUAUGGGAAGGAAAAGGGCCAGCUACAGAAGCAACAGCAAGGCGCCUCCAGCAAGGCAGACGAGAAACUGCAGCAGACGAUGACCUUGACCCAGAAACGUCUGGACAUUUACCUGCAGGAGUUUGACCUGCUGUUCUACUCACUGAGCAGUGCCAGGAUAUUUUUCCGAGCCGACAUGACUGCUGCCGAGGAGAAAGAGGAGGCAGAUAAAGGGGCUGAUGCAAACAAAGAUGGGACAUCAAAUGGAGCAGGAGCUGACAGUGGCCCUACUUCAGGUGCCCCUCCCAGUGCCCCACCCCCUCCCCCUAGUGCUCCAGUAGCCCCUCCUGCCUUAGGAGGUGGGGCUCCUCCACCUCCGCCGCCACCACCACCACCACCACCACCACCACCGCCGCCGCCGCCACCAAUGUAACCACGGUCACAAAGAGAGCAGUGCAAUUGUACAUGGAUGGUGUAGAUUGUAGUCAUCAUGGAAUGUUCAAUAAUAUGUACAUUUUUAUUGUGUAAUGUUAUAUAUGAGAAUAUUAAUGAGACUGUAUCAUUAUUGUUUGUUUUUAACAUAUAUAAAUAUGAAAGUUUAAGACAGUUACGUUUCCGUUGUUUUCAAUUUUAUACAUAUUUAAUGUUGAAUGUAAACAAUACUGUUAAGGAUGAAGUAAACAUGUUUUGAAAAGCAAGUAAUUUAAAUUUUCAAACAUUUUCAGACCUGUAAUGUGUUUGAUUGACUAAAAAUUCAUUCAUGAUAUCUGUUUGGUUCAUGAUUUCUGUUUGGUUUACUUGUUUAUGAUUUUGCAAAAAAAAUCAGAAAUACUAUGUUCAGCUUAAAUCAUGAGGGGUCCAGUA